AGUUGCAAUCCUACAUAAAUAGAAGACAGCAUCAUGGUUGAAAACUCACUGGCCCCAUUGCCAGAAAGAGCUAUAUAUGGCUUUGUUCUGUAUUUAGGAUCCCGGUUCAUAUUUAUGCUGUACCUUGUCUGGGCCUAUAUACCUGAAUCCUGGCUGUUCUCAUGGGGGUUAACAUACUGGCCUCAAAAGUUCUGGGCUGUUGCUUUGCCUGUCUACCUUUUAGUUAGCGUGGGAAUAGGCUAUGUACUCCUCUUUGGUAUUAACAUGAUCAGUACUGCUCCACUGAAUUCCACACACACCAUUACAGACCACGACGCAAAAAAUCAGAAAUGGAAAAAACCACAAGAAGAUGCUAUCCCUGCAUUAAGAGAUAUUCCUAUCAGUGAAGUAAACAAAAUGUUUUUCUUGUCUGACAUGGAAGACUGCCCUAGAAACUAA